GAUUACCCGCCCUCGUUUUUUACAUGUUUCCUGGCCCACACUAAAUCAUGGCGACUGUUCCAAUCACUAUUAUUAUAUCAUCACUUAUACUGCUGUGCUUACAUCACGGAUCAUCAAAAGAGAUGAAAUGCGAAGAAAUCAGCAUCCCAAUGUGCCGUGGAAUCGGCUAUAAUUUAACCUACUUUCCAAACUUACUAAACCACGAUACACAGGCCGAAGCAGCUCUYGAASUUCAYCMGUUCUGGCCUCUCGUUGAGAUCCAGUGUAGUCCUGAUUUAAGGCUCUUUCUGUGUAGCAUCUAUGCUCCGAUUUGUGAGAAACAUUACAGCAAAGAGAUACCUCCUUGUCGAUCGCUGUGCGAGCGUGCAAGAACUGGUUGUYUGCCCGUUAUGCGAAAAUACGGUUUCCCCUGGCCUAACAAAAUGCAAUGCGAAAACUUUCCUGAGUUUGGAGACCCAAAGACAAUUUGUCUGGAUGAUCAUGGAACUGAUUCAAAGUAUGCAUAGAUGGGGAAAGACAAGAAUUAUAGAUAAAACGAUAAAAGAUAGCUGAGUUCAAAGAGAUUCAAUUCACUGUAAAAAGACAACUCUUAGUGACAUGAUUACCAAUUUAAUUCAGUAGAGAAAUGUGUACUGUAGUC